AUGCGCGUCGCUGCUAAGGCAGCUAAGAGCUCGGCUGCACGCCUGUGUGCAGCCGCUACUGAGGCUUCGCAGCCUCAGCCAGCAGACACUGAUGUGCCUGCUGGAAGUCAACAUCAGCCUGCAACGCCUGUUGCAGGUUCACGUGGCGCUUCGCCACGUGAAGAUGUUGACCCAGAGUUAGCCGUUGAGAACUCUGGUGAGUCGGAUUACGCAUCCGACUCAAAGCCACCUAUUCCACUCCCGGGCUCUCCCCGGGGUGAUAACGCGUCGUCGAAUGUUACGAAGAGGGAUCGUGGUACAUUGAGCGAAUCAAUGUACCGUGAAAUGUUCGGGUCGUCUGAUGAAUCAGACGACUCGCCAAACGAAUCGAAGGAUAGUGACUCGGGUGGGGACCGUGAGGGUGAUGUCAGUGCUUCUACUGACAUCAAUGUACGUGGUGGCGGUACUUCUGUUGACACCACGUAG